CAAUGCAGAGGAGUGUGCUGAAGCCUGCAGAGAGGAAUCUCUCCUCAGAUUGGGACGCUGUAUGAACACAUACUGGCAGCAGAAGAAGCUGAUGGCUCCAGGCUGUGAGCCGGCGGCAGUGAGAUCCAUGAUGAACGCACUUCAGCCGCUGAGUUUAGGACAGAGUCUGGCAGGAGCAGGAGGAGGAGGAUUCCUGUUCUUACUCGCCCGUGAGCCGCAGCAGAAGGAAGCAGUGAGAGAGAUUCUCACAAACAUACAGGGCAUUGGCUCCUUCAGUGUUCAUUCAGUGGAGCUGGAUAUGGAUGGGAUCUCAAUCAUUCAGAAGAGCUCUGAACAUCCUGAACAACAGCAGAUGACAUAAAUCUGAGUGCCUUGUAAAUAUAAAUUUAAUUGAUAUUAAUUCUGUAAAUGUAUCAUGUAUUAUUAACUUUUCUCUUUCCUGAAGCAUUAUAUUAAAUGUAUAAAAAUACCUGAAAAUUACACAACAUCAGGUUUUUCUUCCUUUUUUACUAAAUUUAAUAAACUAU